GGGGUGGGCUUCAGGAAUUUUGGGGUACUGAACCCCCUUAUACGGGGUUUUCGGUCCCUGCUGAGAACCACUGAGAAACUCUGGGCUCAGAGGAGGGUCGCUGCCCCUCCUCCAGGUUGAGAGGAGCGGGAUGAGGUAGCUCGGGCAUCUGUUGAGGAUGCACCCUCGGCGCCUCCCCUGUACGGAGUUCUGAGCACGUCCCACCGGGGACGACCCAGGACACGCCGUUGGUCUUCCGGGAUCCCCUCGGCGUUGUCAAACAAAGUGGCUGAGGGUGUCCCUGCUUCAACCGCUCCCCCCGCAACGAGACCUCAUAUAGAUGCAUAUUUGAGGAGGCCUUCAUAUUUCUCCUAUUGAGUUCUGUCAUGCUGGAAAAUCGUUUCGUAGACAUUUAACGUUGCCAACAGGGGAGAAAAAAAAAAGUAGCACAAACUAAAUUUGCAUUUAAUGAAACUUAGGAAAGCAAAUCCCAAAAUAUUUGCCUCCUUGGUCGCAUUCACUCAGGAGGAAUAAAAGUCUUCACAAAAAUGCCCUCUGAGCUCACUCCAAACUUGUCUCCUUUAAUGUGACUUCAGUAUUUCAAUUAACUGUCCGCUCCACUUCAGAAACCCCAAAUGAAUUCCCUUCCUCGAUAUAUUUUUCAUCCAGAUCACUUGGACAAUUUGUUCACUAUUUAAGAAUACAAUUUGACAAGGUCGAGGACUGCAGGAAAGCGAUUGAUCCGUGCACGGCGCUUGUUUUAUUUCAAGCCAUCCACCCAUUUAUCCCCACAAGGGUCGCGGGCGUGCUGGAGCCUAUCGGAGGGGAGGCGCGGGGGAGAGACCCUCGACUGGUCGCCAGCCAAUCGCAGGGCACACGAACGACUCACAAUCACGCCUACGGUUCAGUGAGAGAGUCUUGAGUCAACCUGACUGUGGGAGCAAACUGGAGUAGCCGAUGAGCCGCCACGCAGCCAGGCCCCGGAUUUGACACAAAUAUUGGGCUUGUAGCGCCGGAGAAAAGGAGUCGGAGGCGGAGUGUCGGACACAGGAACAGAACCUCGCUUUUAUUGGUCGACAUCAAAACACGACUCGCAUAACGGCGGGACCGCUGUUAACCUUGACUCCGGAAGCGCAACGACAAAAACAGUCCGUGCGGAACCCCGCACCCCAACUCGAGGUCCCGCGGCUGAAUGAUGUAAACGCCACAGGCUAAAGUAGACACCAAAAGGUGCAGCGCAUGGAAAAGCUUCGACACGCUGACGUUAGCUCGCCGUUAAAACGAUGAACUUGAAGCUGCGAUCUCCGUCAGAGCUGGAAAAACCACAUCGCUUGCUCGUUCCGAACGUUUGGACGAGGAUGGCUUCGAUUUUUUGGACAGCCUCCUCAAGUCAAGGAAAAGCAGGAACAACAAAGAGGACUUCCUUCUUGAAAUCAGCGAAAAGGAUUCCCGCGGAGGGCGACGCGAUGGCGCCGCAGCACGAAGCCGACGCCGCGAGCCCGUUUCAGAUCACCCGCGCAGACGAUCUGGCGGAUAAAAAAGAUGGCGUCCCUCCGCUCAGCCGUCGGCCCGGAGACGACGACGCCGCUACGUCGCCGUCGGAGCGGUCGGACGGCGCUCCUCCGGACUUGCCUCCGGCUCUCCGCGGCGGCAACUCUCCGGCGCCCGUCGGGCCUGAAAGGAGAGCGGACGCGAGCGGGCCGACGCCUUGCGAGGGAGGGGCCCGGACUUCGUCGGACGCCGAAGUUAAACGUGUCGAGAAGGAGACCCCCAAGCCCAAACCGAGACAACGGACCGUGGGUCCGAAGCUCCGCGUGACCGAGAAAAGCGAAGCGUCUCCGUCAGCUCCCCCCGCCGGCGAUUCUGGCCGCGACGUCGCUGACGUGUCGACUCUGGAAAGGAUCGCGACAGGGAGCUGCAGUCCCAACGUGGGUCCUUUUCUCUUCUAUCUUGAGAGAUUGAACGAUUGGAUCGAUCCUCGACCCGUCAUCGACACGUUGCCAGAUGGCCGCCGCGAUGAGUGGCGCGCUUCGAGUGGCGUGACUUUAGGGGAGACCGAAGAAGAAGUCGGCGCCUCAUUGGAAGAUUCAAAUCAAGAGUCGCGAGAAGGCGUUGCUGCUGGAGUCCAAAACAAAUCUGAUGUCAGGCCAAGCAGUUCCCAAUCCAAGAAAGCCAACAGUGUGUGCGCCAAGAAGGUGGAAUCAAAGUAUCUGGGAACCCUCAAAAUUCUGGAUUGUAACGUUUCCCAAGAUUGUCAGCCGCAAUCCGCCGAUUUCCUUCGGGCCACCGUUUACCAGGAAUGGCUCCAAAAGAAAAGGGAAAAGUCCUCAGAGAACUCGAACAAACAGAAGAUUGUGCAAGACCAAAAGAAAAAGGUCGAAGAGGAGAAAAAGAAAAUUGCCGCCGCUUCGUACGACGCUUGGAAAGAAAAGAAAGACGAGAUGCUCAAGGCGAAAACCAGGGAAGACAGGCUGAGGAUGAGAGAAGAGCGAAUAGCUGUGGAAAAGGGCGAGGAAAAAAGGAAAGCGGCUCAACGGAUGUUUCAUCAGUGGAAGCGAGAACACGAUCACUUGCUCCGAGAAAAGUCUCGACAGCAGAGGGAGGCCGAGAGGAAAAUGGCGCUCAAGAAACGAGAGGACGACGAGGAAAGAAGGCGAGACAGCCAGUCGGCUUUUUCAAAUUGGUGUGAAAAGAAAACAGACGCCCUGUGCAAAAAAAUCUCAACGGAACGGCAGGAGAACAAGAAUAAAGCGGAGGAGUUUCGAUACAUUCAAGAGGAGAAAGACAAACUGGCGAUGGAGACGUUUGAACAUUGGCUGGCGAAGAAGGAUAUGCAACAAAAACGACAGAAGGAAGAACGGCGGAUACAAGUGAUACUGCGAGACAGCCCGCCCCCGCCGUGGAGCCCCCCCAAUAAAACCGUUCAAUUUCGGAAAUAACUUUUGGAAAUGUGCAAUGUCUGAAGUUUGCGCGACUGGCUUGGGAUCAAAAUUCGGCGGUGAUGAAAGUGUCCCACAGAGGCAAAAGAUUGCGCAUUUGAAAAGAACGAAAGGCAUCAUUUUCCAGGACUGCCUAGAUGAUCCUUGAUCCGUUUUCGACCCGAUCAGAACACACGGGAGGAGAUGACAGAAGUUCAAUUGGAACGUUUCUAUUUAUCCGUAAGGUUGCUUUUAUCGUUGGUAGUUUUCAUAGUCACUUCAUUGGUGUUAUGUUGUGCUGACAAAGUCCAAGAAAAAUAUCCCCAAAAUGAAAAUGUCUCAGCUCAGAAGCGUCACAAAGAUCCGUUUUUGUUUUUCUACUCCCUCAGAAUUGACUCGAUGUGCAGCUGUGGCUCAUUUCUCAUCCUGAGAUGUUAUUAAACUAAAACUAUUUCAUCGA